UGGUUUAGACAGAGUGACGUUGUAGGAUUUGUUUUGAAAGUAAAAAAAAUCAUACAAAGCACUUACUUUUAGUUGUGUUUACUAUUAAUUACGCCGAUCAAUCUAGUCCUGUUAAUUCUAAUUUGUUAAUGCAAUGAAUAACAUUAUGAAAUGGAAUAACUGUAUUUAAAUACAUUUAUCAAAUUUACAUUUUUAUAAGGAUAAUAAAGUGGAGAAAAAAAGUGGACUAAUGUCUCUGGAUUCGUUUUUAAGUUUUUUGAUUCCAUAGAAUCUCAGCAGAAAUCCAGACGCUUCAACCUAAUUUUAUAGGUCAACCCCCAGUUGCAGUUGGUUAAAGAUUUUACAAGUAAUCUGUAAAGACUAGUGCAGGUAGUGUUUUGACUCUCAUAUCAAUAUCUAAAUAUUUGCUUGUAACAAUAUAUUAUAAUUAUUAUGAUAUUAUUUUAUUUCGUUUUUGAAGUGCAUUUUGAGCACACCCGCUUGUGAAGUGGUAUACUCCCCUCGUCUGGAGUUGACACUUCGCCUCUCCGAGUUUAUUCUUGUGCGCACUCGGCGGACCAAAGAAUGAGGCGAUUAACGGGCAGGAUGAAAUUGUGGAUUAUUUCUUUCUGUAUGUGAAACUUUUAUCUGAAAAAUGAACUGGCUGUUAGGUCGAUGGAUUGUUUUGUGCGUAACAGUGUGCGUGUGUGGGACGGUGCAGGUAACCGUUCAUCCGAAGGAGCGCUACUCCACCCUGUUCCAGUCGGUGGUGCUCCAGUGCCAAUACCAAACGCGCUCCACCCAGAUGCCCGUGGUCCAGUGGUGGUACAAGUCCUUCUGCCGGGAGCGCACACGGGACGCCUUCACCUUCCCGGAGAGCCUGGCGGCGUACGGGUCCGAGGUGGGCGCCGCGGACCAGACGGAGUGCUCCGACAGCAGCCGCACGGUGCGCAUCGUGGCGUCGGGGCAGGGAGCCUCCAUGACGCUGGCGGAGCACUACAAGGGCCGCGACAUCGCCAUCGUCAACAAGGCAGAUCUGCGUAUUGGGGAGAUACACUGGGGAGACAGUGGUGUGUACCUCUGUAAGGUCGUCAUCGCUGACGACCUUGAAGGGCAGAACGAGGGCCAAGUGGAGCUGCUGGUGCUGGCAGGUAGGACAAAUGUUCUAGACGAUCUCCUGCCAGAGUUUGAUAUGGAGAUUAUGCCAGAGUGGGUGUUUGUGGGAUCUGUGUUCCUGGGCAGCAUCCUGUUCCUCUUGUUGAUGGGGAUCUGCUGGUGUCAGUGUUGUCCGUACUCCUGCUGCUGUUACCUCCGCUGCUGCUGCUGCCCCGAUACCUGCUGCUGCCCCCGCCACCUCUACGAGGCGGGGAAGAUGGCUAAAAGUGUCCAGCCCCCCCAAAUGGCUGUUUACCCUCCAUACUACAUCCCAGGAGUCCCCACAAUGGUCCCCUUUGCCCCACCCUCCCUCACGGACCCAAAGCUGGUCUCUGUCCCCUCCGUGGAAAACAACCUGGCUGGGGCCAGCAGCCUAUCGGAGCUCAGCUCUCUGCAUGAGGGAGGGGACAACGACUUCCGGCAGACCUACCGGACGGUCCAGAUGAAGGCUCUCCCACCCAUCGCCGACCUUGACGACCAGUCGGUACUCACAGCAGCUCCUGUGCACAACAGCCGCCGCCCAAGGCAUUACCGUGGCAACCACAGUGAAGACGACUUAGACAGCAGGUGGAACCCGCGUUCUGUGCACCUGGAGAGGAGAACGUUGGGCACCAGGGGGCGUACUGGCUCUCUAGACGAGCUGGAGGAGUUUGCGAUGUCCUACGGCCCCCGCGCUGGCAGGGCCAAGACCCAUGACCUUGACCUGGAUCUGCGGGGGCCAGAGCCCUACCCCCCUUACCAGGACCAUAGCCCGCCCCGCCGUUUCCACGGAAACCGGGCUGAAGACUGGCGCCCCCGUCGCAGCCCCCCUCCCUCACCGCAGAGGAGAGACACGUGGGACAGCGACCGCCCCUCGCGCCCCGAUCGGCCGGCCCACGGGGGCUAUGACGACGCCUACCUCAACGACCUGCUGGAGCGCAAGGCGAGGGCGGGGUCAGGGGAGAGGGGCGACAGAGGGAAGGGGCGGGCCGAUGACGACAGUGACACUCCUUCCAAAGGCAGCUCGAAGGGCAAGGGCAGCGACAGUUAUUACAGCCGGUCGCCUAGCCACCGGCCCGAGGAGGAAGAUUCUUUGCCCCCGUACUCCGAGCAGGAGUCGGAGAGAUACCGGAAGGCCCACCCGACCAUUGAACGUUACCGCACGGUUGAUCCGCUCGCAGAGCGUUACCGGACGACUGACAAACAACCGUUUUCCUACACCCGGGCCGCUACAGGGCCGACCCACACUGUCCAGGGGGUCAGAGAGGACAGGGACAACAACCGAAGCAUGGCCCCUGCUCUGAGCAGAGAUUCUCUCAUCGUCUGACACUCCCGAGACAACUCUACCCCGCACAGCACCACAGCACUGACCGCAGUGAGAAAUUGCGCAUCGCUCACUAAAAGCCUCCAGUCAUCUGCUUGGGAGAGACUAACCAGGCAUAACCCAUCCAACAACCCCAGAGAGAUGUAUCCAGAUCCAAGGAUCCUGUCCACUGAGGGACAGAAUCACAAAGACACUAUGGAAAACUGUUAAUGUAUCGAUUCAGGAACAUUUGGACAUUGUUUUGUGUGUGUGUGUGUGUGGUUGUCGAGCAUGCAUACACACCCUUUUAGCGAACUCACAAUGCGAUAUUAUUGCGAUAUAGGUGCUGAUUUUGUAUAUAUGGAUGGAUGGUGAUUUUCUCAAUUCUGUUUUGCAAUAUGAUAGUGAUUUUAUUGUGAAUCAAUGUUCAUAACAUUGACCAUCAUAGGUCCACUUUAGAGGGAAGAGUGGAAAUGAGAGCCAUGGGAAAAUAAAUGUUUGAAUCAGUCAGGGAAGUAAACUUUCUGAAAACAAAUAAAUUCCCUAUUUGAAAAGAAUGUAAAGAAUAAAUGUUUAAAAGUACAAGUAGCAAAAUAUACAUAUUGUCCAAGCAUUAUUAGGUUAUUAUACAUUGUCAAAGGCAAUCUAGCAAUACGUAACCAUUGAUAAAUUCCCCCAUCACCAGUAUGCAUUUGUGUGAAUGAAUAUGGAUACCUACUUCCUGGUUUGUCAUGUGAUCUCAACCAAACAUUCCACUGAGCAUUGACCUCCACGGCAUGAGGACAGCUCAACUGCAUGGAGACAGUUGCACAGCAAUGGGGACAGCUCCAAAAACGUUCCCCUGAUAGCAAUAAUCCUAUUGGGGCUGUUGGUAAGAAUAAAUAGGUAUUGAAUGAUUGAAAAGAGCUAGCGGAAUAAUCAAAACAAACUGUGUAGGAUUGAUUUGAGAAAUUCAAAACAUCAGCGUCAAUAUAACGGAUCCUCCACCAGUCAGCAUCGCACCCUUAUCGCACGGUAGGAAAUGCACAUAGGUUUCAACUAUGUUGAAAUGCAUAAAAUGUCAACUCAGGUUCACCUGCCUUUCAACGUGUGUGUGUGUGUGUGUGUGUGUGUGUGUGUGUGUGUGUGUGUGUGUGUGUGUGUGUGUGUGUGUGUGUGAGUGCGCGCCCGUGUGUGUGCUUGUGUGUGCGUGUGCAUGUCUGUACUGUACCUGCUGAGCUUGAAUUUUUGUUACAGAUUUGCAGUUGCACUGUGAUCUUAAUUGUUUUUAGCCUACAGUAUUAGCUGAACCGGCACUUGAUUGGAGACUGUGCCAUUCAGCCGGAGUGGAUGUUUAUAUUUGACUUGUUUGACAAUGAUGAUUUUUAUGUAAACACUUGUUGCUUAUCUCAGAGUGCCCCAGCAGUGUAAUUAUUAAAGCGUUAUUCUGUGUGUA